AACUCCAACUGCAGAUCAACUCCAGGUCAACCUCCAAACCUCCAGCAUGUCUUUCAGCACCAGAUCCUACGGUCAGAAGACCAUGAGUGUCUAUGGUGGAGCAGGCGGCCAUGGCACCCGCAUCUCCUCCUCCCAGAUGAACUUUGCACCAUCUGCAAGAGGCUUCAACCUGUCUGAUGGCCUGGACCUCCACGUUGGGGCCAACGAGAAGGCCACCAUGCAGAACCUGAACGACCGUCUUGGCUCCUACCUGGAGAAGGUGCGCACCCUGGAGAAGGAGAACGACCGCCUGGACAAGCAGAUCAGAGACUGGUACCAGUCCAGAACUGUCAUCUGCCAUGACUACAGCCGCUACUUUGUCAUCAUCGAAGACCUGAAGGACAAGAUCCGUAUUGCCUCCAGGCUCAACGCCAAGACAGUCCUGGACAUCGACAACGCAAAACUUGCUGCUGAUGACUUCAAAAUGAAGUAUGAGAACGAGCUGGCCAUGAGGAUGGCUGUGGAGGCAGACAUUGCUGGACUGAAGAGGGUGCUGGAUGAGCUGAACAUGGCCAGGAUGGAUCUGGAGAGUCAGUAUGAGGCCCUGAAGGAAGAGCUCAUCAUGCUGAAGAGGAACCACGAAGAGGAGAUGGUUCUGCUGAGGAGCCAGAUGGGCGGACAGGUCAAUGUGUCCGUGGAUGCUUCUCCUUCUGUAGACCUGAACAAGGUGAUGUCGGAGAUCAGGGAUCACUAUGAGUCUGCCAUCGGCAAGAACCGCAAGGAGCUCGAGUCAUGGUACCAGUCCAAGAUUGCUGGUAUUGAACAGGAAGUGAGGGUACAGACAGAGACCCUGACAUCAUCCCACACAGAGAUUAAGAAUCUGAAGAGUACCCUCCAGAGGCUUCAGAUUGAACUGCAAUCCCAUCUGAGCAUGAAAGCGUCACUGGAGGGCACCCUUGCAGAGACUCAGGCCCGCUACGCUGCACAGCUAGGAAGUCUCCAGAACAUGGUCACAAGCCUGGAGACUCAGCUAUCCCAGCUUCACUCCAACAUCGCCAGCAACAAGCAGGAGUACGACAUGCUGCUGGACCUCAAGACCCGACUGGAGAUGGAGAUCGCAGAGUACAGGAGGUUGCUGGAUGGGGAGGAUGAGAGCACAAAGCAAGGUAAGACAAUUCUCACACACCUGGUUUGAUCAUUAAAUGACUACUUAAGUUUUGGAUUGCUUUUAAAGAAAGGUAUGAGAUUUGCUCACGAUUGUUGUUUCUUUUAUUCUUCAGUGGUCACAAAGGUCAUCACAGUGGUGGAGACAGUUGUGGAUGGAAAGGUGGUCACCAGCAGCAAGACCGUUGAUGUGGACGUUGAUGAGAUUGAGGGAUAAACUUCAAGUUACAGCAAAAAUCAAUAAAGAUCAUGUAGUUGAACUAAA